UAAAAUACACUGUUUCUCUUCUCUUUCUUUAAAACUUAAAAGCGUACCUGUUAAUUUGAUGCAAGUUCUCUGAGAGAAUAACAUCAAGGUCUCCAUGGAGUGGAAAAGGCUUACGAGUAUGCUUAAGAGGAAGACCAUCAUGACAGGGGCUAUUGGCAUUUUAUUUGUUGCUUCGUUGCUUGGUCCAUCAAGUGGGUGUGAUUUUCCGGCCAUUUACAACUUCGGAGAUUCGAACUCUGAUACCGGCAGUGUCUCGGCAGCAUUUGAUCGGCUUCAUUCCCCUUUUGGUGAGACUUUUUUUGGAAGACCUUCUGGCCGGUAUUCUGAUGGGCGUCUGAUAAUCGAUUUUAUAGGUCCAAAUUCAGAGAUUACAGGCCGGCUUCCUAAACCAGAGGAGUUUGGCAAGGCCCUUUACACAUUAGAUAGUGGGCAGAAUGAUCUAAAUUAUGGUUUUGCGACUACCACAGUCGAGCAAGUAAAUGCAUCCACCCCCAAUUUAAUCAAUCAGUUUUCUCAGUACAUAGAGACUCUCUAUCAAGAAGGAGCAAGAGCAUUUUGGAUACAUAAUACCGGUCCAAUUGGUUGUUUGCCUAGUAUUGUUAUACCUUCCCCUCCGAAGCCUGAGGAUGCUGAUCCGAUUGGCUGCAUCAAGUCUUACAAUGGGGUAGCUGAGGAAUUCAACAAGCAGCUAAAAGAGAAGGUUUCCCAACUUAGGACAAAACUUCCAGAUGCAAGUCUUGUUUAUGUUGAUAUCUACUCUGCUAAAUAUUCUCUAAUCAGCAAUGCAAACAAAUAUGGUUUUGUUGGUCCUUUUGAAUACUGUUGCGGGCACUUGGGUGACUAUAAUGUUAAUUGUGGAAAGACAGCUGUGGUUAAUGGGAGUGAAAUUUUUGGAGUUUCUUGUAGUGAUCCUUCCAAAUACAUUAGCUGGGAUGGAACUCAUUAUACUGAAGCUGCAAAUCAGUGGAUAGCCAAGAGAAUUUUGGAUGGCUCCCUUUCGGAUCCCCCCGUUCCCAUCACGGGUGCAUGUCACUAGCUUCCUUCCAGCUACCCAAUAUAAUCUAUACAGUGUUGUAUUUUACUAUAUUUUUAACUCCUUGAAAAAAUCAUUUCCCUGUUGUUUUAUCUAUUUAUGGUAGAAGCUCAUUGGAAGAUUGUGUUUAUUACCCUAGAAGAGGUGAAGGGAAAAGAAAUCCUAGAAUUCGCGUAUACCAUAGCACCGCUUGAAUAAACACAUCUGAGUUGU